CUUGUGGACCAGAACUGUGACCAGCUUGUGAGAGAGUGUCCAAAGGCUGGGAGGUCAUUCAGUCGACUUAUAACUACCUUUAGACAUAAAAACGCGAGAAAAUCUGAAUUAAAAUCAUGGCUCAAACAAAAUACGAAGUAAGUGAAGAGAAGACAAGUGAAAAAUGGAUGACAAAUGCCGAUAAUCAGUCGAUAUUUUGUAGAUAUUGGGGAGACGACGCUGGAAUAACAAAACCCAGUGGUCUUGUUUUUAUUGCCCAUGGAGCUGCGGAACACUGUUUAUGGUACGGUGAACUAGCAUCACAACUUAUACAGAAAAAUCUCUACGUAUUCGCACAUGAUCAUAUUGGUCAUGGACAGAGUGAAGGUGCUCGAGUUCAUAUCGAUGAUUUUGAUUAUUACGUGAGAGAUGUAUUUCAACAUAUAGAAGAUGUCCAGAAAAAAUUUGAUGCGGACAUUCCUUGUUUUAUUAUCGGACAUUCCAUGGGUGGUGCAAUAAGUAUAAUGGCAGCCAUGAAAAGACCAACAUUUUUUAAAGGUGUAGUUUUAAUUGCACCUGCUAUAAUACCCAGUCCUGAUGCUGUCUCACCUCUCAAGAUUCAUGUAGGGAGAGUUGUAGCCAGAUUGUGUCCACAAUGUCCGGUAGUUUAUCUAGAUCAAGAUAAAAUAUCUCGAGAUACAGCUGUGGUAAAGAAAUAUUCAGAUGAUCCACUCGUACAUCACGGUGGUUUAAAGGCCAAAUGGGGUUUAUGUAUGAUAAAUACGUUAAAGUAUAUAGAAGAUCAUCUAACGGAUAUAACAUGGCCGUUUCUAAAUCUCCAUGGUGAAGAAGAUAAAAUCGUUGAUGUUCAAGGUUCGAGAGAAAUGGACGAAAAAGCACAAAGUAAAGAUAAAACAUUAAAGAUCUACCCUAAACAUUAUCAUCAACUUCACAAUGAACCGGGAUCUGAUGGAGCUAAAGUUCGAGAAGAUAUCAUAAACUGGAUUACAGAACGACUCUAACCUUUAACCUUUAACCUUUUAACUACCUGUGUUUUAAUCAAUCUACCUAUAAAUGAACCACCUGAGUCAUUCAGUAUCAAACCAAACAAGAGUGGACUAUUUUUCUGAACUGACUUUGCCUUAUUUACUCCAGAAAUCUUUAUUUUUUUGUGGUUCAAGCAAGUGUGCUCUCUUUUUGUUUUGUUACAGAAUGAACCACUGAAUUUCUUUUGAUAAUUUUUAUGUAUGUUUAUGUAUCUGAUAAAUGUUGAUUUAUUUUAUAUAUUUUUAUAAUUUUGUUGCUGUCUGAUUUUAUGUUGAUAUUUAUGCAUAUGAUAUUAUGUCAGGUUCGUUUUCAUUAGCCCAGUCGGAGCAGAACAGUAGGAUGUUAAACCCCAUUUCAUUUCAUUUAAUGUAGGUCAAUAAAUAGGGUGCCCCUUGUGCCGAAAAUUUUCUCUACCAAAAGUGGUACUCGACACACCGUGAAUUUACACGCUUCAGUGGCUUGUCUCGAAGUGAUUUCUGGCUAGUCACGCACCCACUUUAAGUCUAUAAAUAGCCAUCUAUCAACUAUUACAGUCGUAAAAGAUCUAUUGUUGAAGAUUCUGAAUGGCAGUAAUAUUUAGCUUUUUGGUUAUGACAGCAGCUUUAGAAAUUACGUUCAUUUUAUUUUUUAAAUUGCUUUAUCAUUAACUGUACCAUUAGGAGCGACAUCUUUUGGUUUAGUACAAAUAAUAUCUCUGAAAAACUCAGGUUAGACAGGAACAUGAUACUAGCAGUAGUUUCAUUUAACUUUUAUAAGGAUUGGUAUAUAUAUAUAGAUAUUGUGGUGUAAUUGUCGAGAUAUUUGGAGAUAUUUAUGUAUGUUGGAGCACCCUACAAUAAGAAAUUUUGUAGAUAAAGUUUGCCUUAAGAGUCAUCAUGAUAUCAUGACCAGAAGUCACUUGCCUAUAUAUCUAUUGAGGGAUCUUAUUACUCUUAGUGUUAAACGAUAUAUCUAUUAAAUGUUGCUUGCAUGUCUUGUGAUUUUUUUAAAAUUUAUUCCCAUUCAUGUUUAGGUUUCCAAAAUGCUGUAUUUAAUCUGUUCAACCUAAUGGGGCACUGUGAUACGGUUCCAGCCAUUAGCUUCGUAAAAUUUGGAACUCCCUGCAAAAGAAGGAGGCAGGCAGAUAGCGUAAUAUAUAAUUAUAUAACCAAAAAUACACGUUACUGAUUUGUAAAUAAUUUUAUUUCUAGGUGGGGGGAACCUAUCAAAAGGAUCCAGAUUAAGCCCUGGGAGUACUAUAGCCAUCUCUUGUCAAGAUGUUCUUCUAUAUGUAGUACCACCAGUAUAAAGUUUUAUAAUUAUUAUGUAAUAUAUUUUUCUGUAUUAUAUUAUAACAUUCUGCUCACAAAUGAAGUAUUUUGAUUUUAAAAUUAUUUUAGUAUUUUGAUUUUAAAAUUAUUUUAGUAUUGUUUUUAAGUUUUUGAUUUGAAAUAAUUUAAUAUAUUUUGUAUAGUGUAUAUUUUGUAGAUAUUUCUUAAGUUCCUGAAAGAACACUCUGAAACAUUAAUUAUCAAUGUUUUAUGUUUUAAAUUGUAUAUUUAUUUCAUACAAAUCGUAUAUUUAUACUGUGUUAAGUUCAGGUUAUACAACCAGAUAGUGGAGUAAAACGGAAUGAUACUGCUGGAGAUUCCGAGGAUGGUCUUACAUCAGCUUAUAUCAUAUAGUAUCUUUGAAAGGCAUUUAGUGAAAGCGAUAUAUAAUAAACAGACAACUUUAUGGAUAACUUUCACUAGGUUAAAUAAACUGCAACGUUUCAAUGAGGAUACUUUCAUCGUUAUCAAGCAAUGAUAUAAUAAAACAUGUUACAGAAGGUUAUAUACAAGUGGAUAACUUUCACUGGGUAUAUUAACGGUGAGAGUAACCUCAUUGCAGUUAAUAAACCUAGUGAAUGUUAGCCAUAAAGUUGUCUGUUUAUUAACUUAUAUCAUAGUAACGUGUUCUAUAUGUGUUUCUGUUUAAAUGUAGUGUAAGCAUACUGUCCUUAAUGAACGUCUUGAUGCAAUAAAUAUAUUAUCUCAUGGAAUCGAGAAUCACAUCAUAGGCUUAAACAAUUGUGUAAAUAAUUUUACAUUUCUCGAUUAUCGCGACCGUGUGCAUCUGCGUCUAUAUAUCAUAUACAGGUGUGCAUCUGCUUCUAUAUAUCAUAUACAGGUGUGCAUCUGCUUCUAUAUAUCAUAUACAGGUGUGCAUCUGCUUCUAUAUAUCAUAUACACCUAUUGAGGACCAGAGAAUUAUUUGAGAGUGUACAAUAAUUUUAUAUCUAUCAAUGUUAUAUCUACUGAAACUAUUUUUAUAUAUCAGUGUCAAUAUAACAAAGUAUUUAUUUUAUGUUUUUGCUAAAAUAAAGAUUUUUAAUUGUU